AAAACAGAAGAUUAUAACAGAUAUUACUAUAAACUAACGCAUACUAGAUGUGGACCUUACAUCAUUGGAAUGAUAUGCGGAUAUAUAAUUUAUAAUAUAAAGUCCAGUCCAAGAACGUAUAAGCUGCCGAUAGUUUUGAAAAUUCUCUACUGGAUAAUUUGCCUUGCACUCCUAGCCACAUGUAUUUUCGUACCUUUGAGUCUGAAUGAAGACACAGUUUGGCAAAACGCCCUUUUCAUUUCGCUUCACAGACUGGUCUGGUCAAUAUGCGUUUGUUCUAUUAUAAUAAUGUGUGUUACGAAUAAUGCAGAUUUUGUGAACAGCUUCUUGUCAAUGCCAUUCUUCCAAGUGGUAGCCAGGUUAUCCUAUUGUGCAUACAUCAUUCACGGUUUAUGGAUUUUAGCAAAAGUCUUUUCUACGAAAACAGUGGUGAAUUACUCCAUAGUUCAAGUGGUUGUGAAUAGUUGGGGAACCACCGCAGUGUCACUACUUCUUUCGUUUAUUCUGAGUCUGAUGUUUGAAAUGCCCGCUCCGGAAGUUGAGAAGUAUUUUAUAAAAUUUUUGAGAAAUAUUUUUGGUGUGAUGUCGUCUGCCGGUGGUAUGAAAUGGAAACCACCUAGUUCCUGAAAUGAAUUAGAAAUAAAUUGUAGAUAUCUCAGUGCCGCAUGUAUGCAAAUGAUUUUUUUUAUGAUCUUGAAUAAAAUGUUUCAUUGAAA